AUGGCGCAGAACUACAGGCGUACUUCGAUCUCGUCGCCUCGGAACUCACUCUCUGAAUACAGGACUGAGGAAACGAAGGGUCUUCUGACUGGUGUUGAAGCGGAACCUGAGCCCGCGCCGCGCUCGACCUGGUCCCGAAGACGGAUAGCCGCUCUCGGCGCGGGCUUCAUCCUCCUCAUACUUGGCGCAUCGUUUAUACCUCCGUUAACCCGAACCACUCAUGCUGGAAGCUCCGGACUGUAUGCAGACGGCGAACUGCUUCGGUCGAAUGGCACGCACGACUUCAAGAAGACGGCAUUGAUAGUGUCCAUUGACGGAUUACGGGCAAGCUAUCUCGACCGAGGCCUAACACCGCAUCUGCUGGAUAUCAGCAAGCAGGGUCUUCGUGCCAAGUACAUGAAGCCCAUAUUCCCCACAUUAACAUUCCCUAAUCAUUGGGCUCUCCUGACUGGUUUAUUUGCGGAGUCUCAUGGAAUUGUAGCAAAUAACUUCUGGGAUCCUGACACCGGCAAGGAGUUCCGGUAUAACUCAGUCGCGCACUCCUGGAACGCUUCAUGGUGGUUCGGCGAACCCAUGUGGGAAACCGCGGGAGAGGCCGGCAUGAUCACUGCCAACCUCAUGUGGCCCGGUCCGCCUAAGACGAGAUCUGGAGCUGCACCUACGUACUUCAUUCCUUGGAGGGAUCGCGUUCCACUCGGCGAGAAACUGGAUCAGAUUAUGGCUUGGAUCGAUCUUCCUAUCGAGGAGCGGCCACAACUCAUCAUGGCGUACGAGCCGUCUCUCGAUCAAGCUGGCCAUCUCACCGGGCCAAACUCCGCUUUAGUCAACAAAACCUUGAGCGAAGUUGACCAAUUUGCCGCCGAUUUGCAAAAUGAGCUCGCCUCCCGCAACUUGUCGGACAUAGUGGAUGUCGUGUUCGUCAGUGAUCAUGGUAUGACCGACACCAGCCAGCCGGAGCUUGUCUAUAUCGACGACAUCCUUGGCGAGGGAUACGCCCAAAUCGAGCACGAGGACGGUUGGCCAUCUAUGGGCCUUCGCUUCUCCCCGAAGGCGAACGCUUCGCAUUAUGUGUCUGUGUUACGCACCGCGGCGGAGGAGAACACUCACAAGUUCGACGUUUACACGCAUGAGACCAUGCCCCAGCGUUACCACUUCUCGAAUCACAAGCGCAUAGCACCGGUGUAUAUCGUGCCGAAGCUCGGUUACGCACUCACGACAAGACUCGAGAAUGGUACAGGGAUGUCCAAGGGGAACCAUGGAUACGACAACGAUGAAGAGUCUAUGCGCGCCAUGUUUGUGGCUCAUGGGCCGUUCUCCGCUGCCAUGAAAGCCGUGCACCAAACUCGGGCGCGCCGUUCGUUAUCGAUAUCCGGCUUACUGGGCAACCCGAAUAAAGGCUGGCAUUCAACCAGUGACGACACAUACAUCAUGGACGGCUUUCAAAAUGUCGAGAUCUACGGCCUUGUCAUGAAGCUUCUAGGCAUCAGCAAGUACUCCGCUCCGAACAACGGCACAAAGGGGUUCUGGGAUCGAUAUUUCUAGACAAAAUGUCUCGAGGUGCUGCUUUACGAGGCUGCGUGAAGCAGGGUAUUAUUUCCUUCAAGCCACCUUCGCCUUCCCAUUUCAGCAUUGAUUUCUGAAUUAGACGUUAUCUUCCCUUUAUGUUACUCAUGGGCCCAUAUGGAUAGGAUCUGUCGUAUAUAAUCCAUGCCGCAUCC